AUGUCUUCUGCGACCGAAGACCUAGAGAAACAUGUUGAUGAUGUGGACCUGGAAGAUGGGGAACUCCCCGAAGAAGGCGAAAUUGAAGAAGACGAGGAGCAGUCGGCGACGACGGCUGCCCCUUUAGAAAGCACAUCGCCCACGCGUGGAGAAAAAGCUGGGAGAGGAGGAAAACGCAGCGGCUCAUUUCUGAAGGAGCGUGCCCCAUUUCGCGCCCGUCUCAAGCAAUCGGCCCGUGCAGUCGAGAGAGCGGCGGCCUCUUCCGCUGCUACUGAAAAGCCGGACCCGUGGGGGCCUAAGGAUCCGCCGAGCCCGUCGAAGUUGAGCGAUGACCCGUUUGGCCCGAGUGACAGUGACUUCCGAGAUGGUGACCGUGACUACCGUUAUGGCGACGAGGAGUUUGGCGAUAUUGACUACAGGGCCGAGAAGAGGAGACGUCGUUCCCCAUCACCCGGUUCGGCUUUUGGCGAAUGGAACGCCCGUCCAUUCAAGCGUAUGCGUGGCGGCUUCGCGCCGAGAGGCAGAUUUGCUGGAAGGGAAACUCAACACAUUGUCUGCAAGUUCUAUCGCGAGGGCUACUGCCGCGACGGUGAGGGCUGUUCCUUCUCCCACCAGGCCGAAGACUCGCUCCGUCAUCCCGAAUUGUGCAAAUUCUACAAGCAGGGCUUCUGCAAAAAGGGACUUGCUUGCUCAAAUCUUCACGGCGAAUUCCCGUGCAUCGGCUACCACCGUGGGGACUGCCAUCGCACCGACUGCGGCUUCAGCCAUCUACCGCUCACCAGCUACACGGAGCCGAUUUUCGAGAAGUACAACGCCAUCUACUAUGGCGAUGACUUCAAGCCCGGAGAUGAACCACCACCACAGGCUAAUCCCGCCCCAGCUGCCGCCAUUCCGGCGCCCGUUAUGCCGGUCACCACACAGCCCGCGCUGGUUCCGCGUCUCCCGCCCGGCUUGACGAUGCCGCCCGGGUUCCCGGGGGGGCCACCCGCCGGCUCGGCCCCGAUCAUGCCGCCUCCUCCUUCAAUGAUCCUCCGCACGGCUAGUCCACCUCCAUCGGCCAUCAAUCCAGGCCCAUUAGACGCGGGACUCUCCCGACGCCGCCCGCUUCUCCCACAGCCCGAUAUGCCCAGGGCCGACAUGCACGGCGCAAUCCCUGCCCCGACGGUCAUCCUCCCGCAGCUAUCCGCCGUGCGGUCCGGAUACUCCCCACCGCCCGUCGUCCCGUUCUCGGCCCCAUUCCGUAACACUCCGCCGAAACAUGAGGAACCGAUUGUACCCAUUGCGCCCGCCUUCGACAUCAACAAUGUGCUGGCCCAAUUCUCGCAGGCGGCCGCCAAGGACUCCCCCGCGUCGCCUCCCUCUUCAUCCGCUCGUCCGCAAGCGAACGCGUCGGCGGCGGCGUGGAGGCUGCUCGAAGUGAUCGCCCCGGCCUGCUACUCAACCAUCGACCCGCAGGUGGCGGCCCAGUGCAGCCAGGCCGACCCGAGGAUAGCGCGUGUGUUGAAUUCUCAAUUCGACGCCGUCACCUCGCUCAUCUCGUCGGCGGUGGCCCCAUCGAUCAUGCGCUCGCCGUUGGCCGCCCCAUCCCUUGUCGACCCCCGGAGUACAUCUUCUGAUCCGCGACUUCGUGGCAGGACCAAUACGGCACCCGUGGACCCACGCGCCGCCCCAGCGCCGCGCUCGUCGUGGAUGCCGCAAAUGUCGAAU